UGCUGUCAAUCAUAUGACCCGCCCCCUGAGUUCCUGACUCGUACUGUCAAUGAGGAGCUGAGGUCAAGAGAAAUAAGCAUGGCCGCUUUGUUUAGAGGGUAUCGGAAUUUUUAUAAAAGAAGCAAUAGACAUGUGGAGCUCACUUUGGUAUCCUGUAGAUCAAUGGCUUCCAAGACCCCAGUGGGUUUUAUUGGACUGGGUAACAUGGGGACACCUAUGGCUAGAAACUUACUGAAGCAUGGAUAUCCUGUCAUUGCUACUGAUGUCUUCCCAGAGUCUUUCAAGGAGCUUCAGGACUCAGGAGCGCAGAUCCUGGAUUGCCCUGCUGAAGUGGCUGAUAAAGCUGACCGAAUCAUCACCAUGCUACCGUCCAGCCCCAACGUCAUUGAGGUUUACACAGGACCCAGUGGCAUACUGAAGAAGGUAAAAAAAGGCACCCUUCUGAUUGACUCCAGCACCAUCAACCCUGCAGUGUCCAAAGAGAUGGCCGUUGCUGCUGAGAAGAUGGGAGCAGUGUUCAUGGAUGCUCCGGUGUCAGGAGGUGUUGGUGCAGCCAGUCUGGCUAAACUCACCUUCAUGGUGGGUGGAGUCGAGGAGGAAUUUAAUGCUGCCCAGGAGCUGCUCACCUGUAUGGGAGCAAAUGUAGUGUACUGUGGCCAAGUGGGAAGUGGACAGGCAGCGAAAAUCUGCAACAACAUGCUGUUAGGAAUUGGCAUGAUUGGUACAGCAGAGACCAUGAACCUUGGAAUUAGACUGGGUUUGGAUCCAAAGCUGCUGGCAAAGAUUCUGAACAUGAGUUCAGGACAAUGUUGGUCUAGUGACAAGUAUAACCCCGUACCAGGUGUCAUGGAAGGAGUGCCCUCAGCAAAUAACUACCAGGGAGGCUUUGGCACAACACUGAUGGCUAAAGAUCUUGGUUUUGCUCAGGAUUCGGCGACCAGUACCCUGACCCCAAUUCCUCUUGGUUCUUUGGCACACCAGAUCUACCGUGCGAUGUGCACUUGUGGCUACGCUAACAAAGACUUUUCCUCCGUCUUCCAGUUUUUACGAGAGGAGGGGGUGUAGUAGGUCCAUUGGAAGUGACCCAGACUCUGUGUGAGAAACGGACAUUAUGGCAAGCUGGUUUAGUAUUGAUAUACAUGUGUGUAUAUUUUCAAAGGGAUGUUACAGGUAUGUUGAAGCUAAUGAGUGUAGCAUUGAGAGUCCGAUGCCUCUCUCAAGUUGUUGCCAGAGUUUUUUUUUAUCUAUGACCAGUUCAAACUGUUACUCGAGCUUGCUUACUUCACACAUUUACCUACAAAUGUUUACAGUCAUUCUUUUCCACUUUGAGCCAGUUCUGAGCCAAUAUUGAUUUCAGGACCUGAUCAGACGCUGCUAGAAAUGUUUAUGGAUCCAUAUGUCAUACCUCAUCUGUUUCAGUUAUGCUUAAACUGAAUUGAAACUGUGAUGAAUUUUACAAAGAAGUAGUAGGUCCCUUGUUUUUCUGGAAUAGUUACAUUAUAAGAAUAGUUCACCUAGAAAUAAAAAAGAAAUGCUGAAAAUGUACUAUUCCUCAGGCCAUCCAAGAUGCAGAAGAGUUUGUUUUUUCAUGGGAACAGAUUUGGAGAAAUUUAGCUUUACAUCGCAUGCUCACCAGUGGAUCCUCUGCAGUGAAUGGGUGCCGUCAGAAUGAGAGUCCAAACAGCUGAUAAAAACAUCACAGUAAUCCACAAGUAAUUCACACAACUUCAGUCCAUCAAUUAAUAUCUUGUGAAUUAAAAAGCUGUGUGUUGGAAACAAAUCCAUCCAGUUUGAAACAUACAAAUCCAUCAAUCCAUUAAGAAGUUGUUGCUCCUAGCUAAAAAUAAAAGAGUCCUCUGUCCAUAAUUUUGCUUUCUCCAUUGGAAAAAGUAAUUUUUAUCUGAAUCAGGAGAGAAAUAUGCACAGAUCAAGCACUGUUUACAAUCAAAAACAGUUCUAAACAAAUAUGCCGAGAGGACAGCACAGGACGUUUUCACUGGAGGAAGCAUUAUUAUGGAUUAUGGACUUGUAUUUUGGCCAGAAGCAUCCAUUGAAAGUUAAAACUCCUUAAUGAUGGAUUUGUUUAUUUAAACAAUGUACAACUUUUCAGUUCACAAGUCAAUAACUGAUUAGCUGGAGUCGUGUGGUGUUUUUAUUAGCUGUUUGGACUGACGACACCCGUUCACUGCAGUAGAUCCAUUGGUGAGCAAGUGAUGUAAUGCUAAAUU